GAUAGCGCGCACGAUCCUGGUGUGUUACUGGUCGUUAGCGCAGUAGAUGAAAUAAUUUCGGCAGUUUUUGUUUUCCUCUCCGCUGUACAUCUAUACACGCUGAUUGCUUGCUACACCACUUGCAGGGCAUUAACCUCUGUGAGUGUUAAAAAGGAAAAGAAAAACAAAUCUGAUGCCUCCCAAAGCCGCAGACGAUGCCGUCCCCGAAGCGGUGCAGCGGGAGGACGCGUGGGAUCGUCACAUCGAGUCUAUUUUAGUGCAACUCUCCCAAGCGUACCUCAACCGCAUCGAGCCGGUGGAGACGCGGUACCUGUACAACGUCUUCCGCCCCACCUGGUUCUCAGAGUCCAUCAAGCAAAAGAAGCCGUUCGUCACCUUCCUCGGCCCCUUCUCGGCGGGCAAGUCCUCCUUCAUCAAUUACCUCCUCCAGGGCGACUACCUCCUCACCGGUCCGCAGCCCGUGACGGACAAGUUCACGGUGGUUAUGUACGGCGAGAAGCCGCAGCAGAUUCCGGGUCGAGUGCUCAUGGCCGACGCGCGGCAGCCCUUUCGCGGUCUUUCCCAGUUCGGUGACGCCUUUUCCGAGUGUUUCGCCGGAGCCGUGGCGCCGCACCCCAUUCUCCGCUCGGUGUCCUUUGUGGACACGCCUGGCAUCCUCGAGGCCGCCGGUGACGCCCACGCCCGUCGCUACAACUACGCAGAGGUGUGCCGGUGGUUUGUGGAGAAGAGUGAUCUCGUCUUCUUCCUCUUUGACCCGACGAAACUCGACGCCGGGCCGGAGCUGCGGCAGGUCUUUGGCCAGUCGCUGAAGGACCACGAGAGUAAGAUUCGGAUUGUGAUGAACAAGGCAGACUCGGUGCGGCCGCAGGAGCUGAUGCGGGUGUACGGGUCGCUCUACUGGAAUCUGUCGAAUCUACUUCGCAGCACGGAGCCGCCGCGACUCUACGUCUCGAGUUUUUGGGACAAGCCGUAUCGCGACGGCACCGAUCACGCGUUGUUUGAAAAGGAAAAGGAGGAUCUGCUCUACGAGCUCAUCGUCACCAUUCCGCUGCAGUCCCUUGACCGCCGCGUGACGUCUAUGAUGCGGCGCGCCAGUGACGUGCUCUUGUUUGCGCUCGUCUGCGCCACCUAUCGAACUCGCUUACCGUCUGUCUUCGGCAAAUCCAAGGCGAAGGAGCGUUUCUACGAGGAGUACAGCGUCAUCUGCAAAGAGCUGGCGAGUCGUUAUCACGUGAGCGAGAACAACUUUCCAUCGUGCGCGGAAAUACGCAACUUUUUGACAAAGGUGGACUCGAAGGACUUCCCGGACAUGGAGAAGCUGGAAAAGCGAGGUUGGAUUCGACUCUUGAAGAGCAGCAUCGAUCUGGAGCUUCCACGGCUUCUGCAGCCCAUCAAAGAUCACGUGAUGGGCGAUCCAAAGGAGCGACGUGGUGCGAUAUUGUUGCAGCGCAAGUACAUUCAACGUCGUGUUAGCUUCCCGCCUGUCGUGGAGACGAGCCUAGGCGGGAACAACGACGAACCCGCUGCGCCUUCGAUAAACACCGGCAGCGCUUCCCCUGCACCGGUAGCAGCAGCAGCAGCAUCACCCGACCCCCAGGCUCAGAUGAUGUCGAUGAUGCAGCAGAUGAUGAUGAACAUGCAGCAGCAGCCGCAGCAGCAAGCACACAACAACGCUGGCUCUGCGAGUGCCAGCGCUUCACCGAAUCAGAGCUCGAAUUCCAAUAACGCUCGCUCGUCUCCUGUCCCUGCUGCGGCUUCGGCUGCGGCGCCAUCCGACAAUAUGCAAGCUAUGAUGCAGCAGAUGCUGGCUAUGAUGCAGCAGCAACAACAACAGUUGCAGCAACAAUCCCAGGAAUAA